UAAAAAACAUACCCGAUUUCUUGUCAACGACACAAAUUACUCACUGCCCCUCUUUCUCUCUCACACACGGAACCAUUACGUAAACCCUAAUUGAUCCCACACUUCUUCGAUUAAACCCUAAUUGAAUUCCAAAUUCUCUCAAUCAAUCACCAAAAUGGACUUAACAGCCACAACAACGCUCAAUUCAGAUCCAAAAGAAGCAAACGCCGUUAACAAACAAGCAGAAACGGGAAUGGAUGCAGCGACGGAGGGAGGACAGCAACAGGGACAACCAAAAGGAUCAGAGAAGUGGCCGGGAUGGCCAGGAGAUAAUGUGUUUAGGUUAAUAGUGCCGGUAUCGAAAGUAGGAAGUAUAAUUGGACGGAGAGGAGAGUUGGUGAAGAAGAUGUGUGAUGAAACCCUUGCUCGCAUUCGUAUUCUUGAAGGUCCCCUUGGUAUUUCUGAUCGAAUUGUUCUGAUUUCUGGUAAAGAAGAGCCAGAAGCUCCACAAUCUCCUGCAAUGGAUGCUGUAAUGAGAGUGUUCAAGCGUGUGAGUGGUCUAUCACCUGGUGAGGGUGACAACACUGGUUCAGCUGCUGCUGCUGCUGGCUCUGCAUUUUGUUCCAUAAGGUUACUGGUUGCAUCUUCACAGGCAAUAAACUUAAUUGGGAAGCAAGGAUCCAUAAUCAAAUCAAUACAGGAAAACACUGGUGCAGCUGUGCAUGUUAUGGCAGAAGAUGAGUUACCUUCAUAUGCUACUUCAGAUGAGAGAAUUGUGGAAAUACAUGGUGAAGCUAUGAAGGUUUUUAAAGCAUUAGAAGCAGUAAUAGGACAGCUAAGGAAGUUUUUGGUUGAUCAUAGUGUCAUUCCUAUAUUUGAGAAAACUUACAAUGCAACAAUUUCACAGGAAUGCCCUGCAGAUGCACGGCCUGAUAUUGCUCAGCCCUCACUACAUUCUGCUUAUGUUCCCACAAUUCCAAGUGGGAUUGCUUCUGAUUAUUCCCUAUCUUUGAAGCGGGAUCCGUCAAUCUAUGAACAUGAAACACAAUUUGAACACAAAAUCUCACAACCUGGAUUGUCAAUUUAUGGACAAGAUUCUGGAAUUGUAGGGUUCCGUUCAACUGGACUUGGUCGCGCUACUGCUCCUAUUGUAACUCAGGUGACACAGACAAUGCAAGUACCUCUGUCAUAUGCUGAGGAUAUCAUUGGUGUUGCUGGAUCUAAUAUUGCCUACAUUCGCCGUACCAGCAGGGCAAUCCUUUCAAUACAAGAGAGCAGAGGAUUGCCUGAUGAGAUCACUGUGGAAAUUAAGGGCACCGGUGCUCAAGUUCAGAUGGCUCAACAGCUUAUUCAGGAGUUCAUUACUAAUCACAAGGAACCAGCGUCAAGCAUGUAUGGGAAGAUAGAUGCGGGAUUAAGUGCAUAUUCACAUAUGGCAGAAACCGGCUACCCUUCAUCUUCGUUUACAUCACAUCUAGGAGGGUAUGGAUCCUCAAGUAUGGGAGGGUAUGGAUCGCCUGGUGCAGGAGGUUACAACAAUUAUAGAUUUUGAAUGUUUGUCUGUGCAAUGCUCACAUUGGAUACUUGUUUCAGCAAUAGUAAUUUGAAAAACUUGAGCCCUUUAUUCACUGUUUUUUCAGUGAUAGCUAUUUCAGAAAUAGUGAGUUUUGAUGAAAAAUCUCUGAAGCGAUUUAUUAUUAUUUUAUUUUAUUUUUUAA